CCAUCAGCCCCUCUCCCCUCGCCGCCACCAUAGCAGUCGCACCCUUGUGCGUCUGUCGGACAUACCCGACUACGACGGUAGGAUGCGUGUGUCGCAUUGGUUACAGGCUGCCACACGCACGCUGACACUGACUAACACUAGUCAGGACUUGUGGUGUUCUGCCCUCGCAACUAAACUGCAAGGCAGUGCAUUCUCCGUUUGGGAGAACUAUUAUACCCAUCGUACUCGUGCAGGUGAGGCGCCCACUCUCGCAGAUUUCACCGGGUUCCUCCACGACCGCUACGGCACCCUCCACGAUGCGACCGACGCCCUAGACCGGGUCACCCAGACGCAGUGGCGCGGGUCCUCCACACCCUCCGAUCUUGAGCGUCACAUCAGAGUGUUCCAGGACGCCCGCCUCAUUUACGAUGAGGCACUCCUACCUGAGGCCCUUUUGACCAACAGGUUCGUAGUCAGUCUCCCGACUGACUACCGUAUCGAGCUCUGGCGACAGAGCUUCCCCUCCGCCGAGCAAGCCUACGAGGCUGCUCGACAGUACCAGAAGAUGCGGAAUCGCUUCUCCACCAUCCCAUCUUCUUCGCGAUCCACCGCUGCCGCCACCCAGUCACGUGGUGCUACUCGCGGUCGAUCCUCCUUCGCUGGCCGGUUUCGUCGACCAGCCCACCCUGGAGCACCAUUCUCUCGGCGCUACAAUUCUCUGGAGUACGGCGAGGACGCCUCGGCCGAGUUUGACCCUACCCUUGGGGACGCCCCCGAGGACAUCGAGCUACGAGACGUUAUCCAGUAUUACUUGGAUGACGACACUGUUUCAGUGGCCGAGCGCUUGUUGAUCGCCAUGUCUGCCAUGGGUCGUGCUCGUAGCCGGGUUGCACAGGCUGGCGCCGGCACACCCACGGUUUCUCAGAUAGACAUCCCACAGGGUUAUGUCCCUCCUCGCGGAGCUCUAUCCCCUGAGGAGCGUGCCCUCCUCACGGGAGAUUUCGUUCACCCUCGCGUGGUUGAGGAAGCUCGCCUAGCUACCUCUGGGUCUCGCUCUCCUAUCUCCAUUACCCUCGGAGAUAACAAGACGCAGCGCUUCAUCGAUCAGACGGUCCCCGACCUCCAUUUCUCCCUCACCCUCCAGCCAUCGGAUAGUCCCCAGACGCCUAGGCGCUACCAUUCCUCCGCAUACUUCGACGUGCUGGACACUGGGUACGACUUUAUCCUUGGCACUCCCUGGUCUCGCCGGUUCCGUGGCACAGAGGCCGAAUGGGCGACCGAGACACUCGUUCUCAAAACGAAGUGUGGUCAGACCCAUCGCGUCCCCUUCGUUGGAACCACGGGCGACACCCCGCCCGACCUACCUCCCCAGGACCCUCGUCUCUCAGGGUCCCACCCCAACAUCGCGUUCACUUCCCCUCGUCAGUUUGCUCACUUCAUACGACAGGAGGACGUCACGUUCUACUCAGUGAACGUUAUGGAUCUUCUUCGCUACGAUCCACUAUGUCCCGAGGUUGAGCUCAUCUCUCUGGAGCCCGAUCCCCCUGACCCUCCUUCCAUCUUCGCGGCUCCCAUCUCUACAUCCACUCGUCAGCCUGCGGAUACCUCCUCCACGUCUCAAGCCCCUGCGCCGUCGACUGUCGAGUCCACACAUACGUCUCGUGCUGACGCAGACGCUGAGGAACUCACACGGUUCACGACAGACUUAGAGCUCGCCGUUCGCGACCUGAUUCGAGAGUACCGCGACGUCUUCCCCCCUUAUUUCUCAUAUAGCGGGAUUCCCCCGAUGCGCGGUGUCGAGCAUUCCAUCCAGCCCGUGCCUGACUAUCGUGUUCACCAUCAGGCACCAUACCGACUCUCGAUUUCAGAGGCGACGGAAGUCAAGCGUCAGCUUGAGGAGCUCCUUCGACUGGGUUUCAUUAAACCCAGUAACUCCCCUUGGGGUGCACCUGUCCUCUUUGCUCGCAAAGCGGACGGAACUCUCCGCCUCUGCAUCGACUACCACGGCCUUAACCGUUACACGGUUAAGAACAGUUAUCCCAUGCCCCGUGCGGAUGAGCUGUUUGACCGUCUGGCAGACAACCGCUUCUUCACGAAAAUCGAUCUUCGUAGCGGUUACCACCAGAUCCGCGUUGCCACAGAGGAUCAGUCGAAGACCGCCUUCCGAUCGCGCUUCGGCCACUACGAGUUCACGGUGAUGCCAUUCGGCCUCACCAAUGCACCCGCCACCUUCCUGACGACGAUGAACGACAUCUUCAGGGACAUCCUUGAAGAAUACGUUCUCGUAUACCUGGACGACAUCUUGGUCUACAGUCGAGUGUCCUACCUGCCAGGAGGUGAACAGUGCGAACCACUUCCGUAUGGGUUACUUCAGCCCCUACCCAUACCUGAGGGUCGUUGGCAGUCCAUCUCGAUGGAUUUCAUUGGUCCCCUCCGCCCACCCACUGAGCGCGGUCAUGAUGCUAUCUUGGUCGUCGUUGAUCGCUUCACGAAGCGUGCACGUUUUGUCCCGUGCCGCUAUCGCAUUAGCGCUCGUGAGGUCGCCGAUAUCGUCUUCGACCGAGUUAUGAGAGAUCACGGCUUACCUCAGAGCAUCAUCUCCGACCGUGACCGGCGCUUUACCAGCACAUUCUGGCGACGCCUACACGAGGUGUACGGAUCCCAGCUCCGCUUCUCAUCGUCUUACUACCCUCAGACGGAUGGUCAGACUGAGGUCACCAAUAAAACUCUCGGUAAUAUCCUCCGAAAGUUUGUUAGGGAUGACCAGCAGUGGGACUUACACUUAACCCACGCGAAGAUUGCGUACAACCACGCUGUUUCGCCAGGCACGGGGAUGUCGCCAUUCUAUUGUGACCUCGGCUACCACCCUCGCGUGCCCGCGGAUUUCCUACGACCAUCACGGUUGCGCCCAGACACUCGUUGCCCUGCGCUUGACGACUGGAUCGUCCACAUGUCGGCGAUUAUGAAGCGCGCACACGAGAGUUUAGCCGACUCCCAGACUCGCAUGGCCGCACGAGCGAACCGAUCACGAAUGGAUCAUCCAUUCAAAGUCGGUGACGAUGUGCUCGUCGACGCACGCCACUUACAGCUCGAAGCAGAUACGCUUCGCAAGUUCAGGCGUUGUUUCUUCGGUCCAUGCCGCAUCCUUCAGGCCGUCGGUUCUGAUACUGCCGCUAGUCCGGUCAGCUUCCGUGUGAAGCUACCUGAUUACCUUCGACAGGAUCGCGUACACGAUGUUUACCACGUCUCCUUGCUGCGUCCUUAUCGCAGACCGUUCAAGCGCUUCGCCAGACGCCCUUAUGAGCGCCCUCCACCUAUCAUGGUGGACGGUCACGAGGAGUUCGUUGUUUCCGACAUCGUAUCACGCCGAGUUACCGACGAUACCCCUCCACGCAUCGAGUACCUUGUGUGUUGGAAGGGCUUCCCUGAUGAGGAGGCUACUUGGGAGCCCCUCGAGCACUUGCAGUUUGCCAGGAUGUUGGAGCGUGCAUAUGAUCGUGCUCAUCGUGCUGAGGACGACACCCACCCCCUCUGCCAACUGACCCUCUUCCUCCUCCUCCGGCUGAGGAGAUUGCUGAGGACGACACCCACCCCCUCUGAGGCCGUUCCUCAGCCGCAGACGGUCGCCUCCGAGCGUCCACAGCGCACUCAUCGUCGUCCUUCGCGUUACGAUGACUGACAUUCUUAUCCUCUAUCUUUCCCCACUGACUCACAUCAUCAGGUACCCCAUCAUCAACUCUUCUUCAGGAUGUCAGCGUUUUGCCGCUCUGCUUC